AUGGGCAGUGGUGCUUCCAAGAAAUCUCCAACACAACCUACAGGAAACCAAUCAACACCCAGAGCACCAACAACUGCAAACAGGAGAGCAGAGUUCCAAGAGGUUGAAGUUCGAGCCCCCGGUAACGGGAGGCCAGCAAAUAUGAGUUCUCGGAACAAUGAGAGUUUCAGAGAUCAGAAAUCUCCAGCAGACACAGCUGGACAAAGGAAUCGGUACGGCCGCCAUGCUACCAGCUCAGGCGCACCGAACUCACUACAACAUGGACAGUCAGGGGCAGCCACCACUAGAUCCAGCCCCAUGAGAAGAAAUGAUUUGCAGGAUGAGAAUGUAACUUUUGAAACAUUCACUCACAACAAUGGACGAGAGUUUAUCUGUGCAAACAGAAAUGGCAUACGCUAUUAUCUGGAUGAUUGGCAUUCCAAAGACUGGCAACCGUUCCCUGAACGCUGGUAUUCAGAAGGUAAACUUUCUCCACUGGAUGACAACUAUAACACCUCGAAAAAUUCCAGUCAGAACAACCUGGGUGGGGCAGGUGGCAAACAGGAGAGGGAUGACAGGGAGGGAUUCUUGACGCAUCCUCGACGAGGCCGGAUAGAGACUUACCUGAUGGUGGAAAAGCGCUACGUGCAUUAUUUCUUUGAUCGUACUUCUGGCAAGUGGCUUCAUUUACCGAUUGGCUGGGAACUCCAUCAUGAGCUUGUAAAACAAAUGGUUGAUUACGUAGAGGAAGCCUUACCAAACUGGAAAGACAGAGCUGACAUUCUUGCUUUGUUGCGUGUUUGUAACUACAGUCCUGAUGAAUGUAUUGGAACCUACUUGCUACUGGAGGGAGACGAAUGGCUUAAGCCUAAGCGAACAAGCAAAGAUGCAGAAGCAGAUGAAAAUAAAGAUCAUAAAAUUGAAGAACUGACACAGAAGUUGAAAAAUCUGGAAUCAGAACUAGAAUUAGAGCGGAAAGCCCGUCUAGAAGCUGAGAAACAGCUGCAAGAGCUCCGUGGAAACAUUCGUGUAUUCUGCCGACCACGUAGAGAUGACCGAGCUCAGAGCUGCUUGAAGUUUCCCUCGGAUCAAGACAUUUGGGUCACCAAUAGUGACGGAGCAAGGAAGACAUUCACAUUUGAUAAAGUCUACACAUUGGAAGCUACCCAAGAACAGAUUUUUGCAGACACACAGCCUAUUGUGACUUCCUGUGUUGAUGGGUAUAAUGUGUGCUUGCUAGCAUAUGGUCAGACAGGAUCCGGCAAAACAUUCACCAUGAUGGGACCUGAAAACAACCCUGGAAUAAACAUAAGAGCAAUCUCAGAGCUAUUGAAAAUUUGUGAAGAAAGACGAGAAACAAAAACGUACACAUUAAAGAUUUCAAUGGUAGAGAUUUACAAUGAAACAGUCCAGGACUUGUUGACAGACGAUGCCAAAACCCUGGAAAUUCAAAUUAUUGGGAAUAUUGUGAAAAUCCCAAACAUUACAGAAGUUCCGGUAAACCAUGUCAAGGACAUUAAAAGGGUUAUGCAGCAAGGUGACAGUAACAGGAAAACUGCCUCGACAAAAAUGAAUUCAUCCAGCUCCCGGUCUCACUUGGUCCUCAUGUUAACUGUUGAAGGAGAAGACAAAGUUACUGGUGCCAUCUCUAAAGGUGUGCUGACCUUAUGUGACCUUGCUGGGUCAGAGAGAAUAAGCAAAUCAGAAGCCACAGGUCAAAGGCUGGUAGAGGCUGCCGCCAUAAACAAAUCCCUGUCGGCACUGGGACAGGUGUUCUCGGCUUUAAGGGAGAGCCAGCUGCACAUCCCCUACAGAAACUCCAAACUGACCCAGAUAUUAAAACCGUGCCUUGGCGGUGACGCUAAGGCUUGCUUGUUUGUGAAUGUCAGCCCUGAUGCAAGUAACUUCCCAGAGACAUGCAACACGCUCGAAUUUGGAAGUAAUGCACGCCAGGUUGCUCUUGGACAAGCCAAACAGAACAUUCAACGCAAGCCAGGUUUUCCUCAAAGAUAG